AGCCUUCCUUUUAAAUGAGGGAGGAGAACACAGAUGUAAAGACAAACAUGUCUCUUUUUUUAAUCUGUUUGGUGGUUUUCCUGGGUGGUUGCUUUGGAUGUCAGCAUCAUCUCUGUCAGUGCUCUGACAGGAUAUUCAUCUGUCAGGAGAGCAAAGUGAUCCAGAUUCCUCGGGACAUUCCCAGAAACUCCACUGAACUGAGAUUUGUCCUCACCAAGGUGAGAGUCAUUGCAAAAGGAGCUUUCUCAGGACUUGGUGACCUAGAGAAAAUAGAGAUCUCCCAGAAUGACGCCUUGGAAGUCAUAGAAGCUAAUGUGUUUUCCAACCUUCCCAAACUACAUGAAAUAAGAAUUGAGAAAGCAAAUAACCUUGUAUACAUUGACCAAGACGCCUUUCAGAAUCUUCCUAGCCUCAAAUAUCUGUCAAUAUCAAACACUGGUAUUAAGUUUUUACCAACUGUACAUAAGCUACAAUCUCUCCAGAAAGUUUUAUUAGAUAUUCAAGAUAAUAUAAAUAUACGUACAAUUGAAAGGAAUUCCUUCAUGGGCCUGAGUUCUGAAAGUGUCAUUAUACGACUGAAUAAAAAUGGAAUUCGAGAAAUACAGAAUCAUGCAUUUAAUGGAACCUACUUGGAUGAGCUAAAUCUUAGUGAUAAUCACAAUCUAGAAAAAUUACCUAAUGAGGUUUUUCAAGGAGCCAAUGGCCCAGUUGUUCUGGAUAUUUCAAAGACAAGAAUCAGUUUCCUGCCCGCCUAUGGAUUAGAAAAUAUUAAGAAGCUAAGAGCACGAUCUACCUACAAUUUAAAAAAACUGCCUGCCUUAGAGAAGUUUGUUGCACUAAUUGAGGCUAACCUCACCUAUCCUAGCCAUUGCUGUGCAUUCACAAAUUGGAAAAGACAAAUUUCUGCAUUGCAUCCAAUAUGUAAUAAAUCUGAUGUCAUGCAAGAUGCUGAUGAGCAGCCUGCGGACAGGAUGCACAGAAGAUCUGCAGCUGAGGACUACAUUUCCAAUGACUACAUAGCUUUUGACUCACUAGAAAAUGAAUUUGACUUUGACUACGGCUUAUGUAAUGAAGUAGUACAUGUGGCUUGCUCUCCUAAGCCUGAUGCCUUCAAUCCUUGUGAAGAUAUCAUGGGAUACAAUAUUCUCAGAGUCCUGAUAUGGUUUAUCAACAUUCUAGCUAUCACCGGGAACAUCAUUGUGCUGGUUAUUUUAAUAAGCAGUCAGUAUAAACUCACUGUCCCUCGGUUUCUAAUGUGCAAUCUUGCAUUUGCAGACCUAUGUAUAGGCAUCUAUCUGUUGCUGAUUGCAUCUGUUGAUAUACAGACCAAAAGCCAGUAUUACAACUAUGCCAUAGACUGGCAAACUGGUGCGGGAUGCAGUGCUGCAGGGUUUUUCACUGUGUUUGCAAGCGAACUUUCAGUUUACACACUGACUGUGAUCACUCUGGAAAGAUGGCAUACAAUCACCUAUGCCAUGCAACUGGACCGCAAGGUUCGAUUUCGCCAUGCCAUGGUUAUUAUGAUUUUUGGUUGGAUGUUUGCCUUCACUGUGGCCCUUCUUCCCAUAUUUGGAGUUAGCAGCUACAUGAAAGUCAGCAUUUGCUUGCCCAUGGAUAUAGAAACACCCCUUUCCCAGGCUUAUAUCAUAUUCCUUUUAGUACUGAAUGUUCUUGCAUUUAUGAUCAUCUGUGCCUGUUACAUCUGCAUCUACUUUACAGUGAGAAACCCUAAUGUAAUCUCUUCAAACAGUGACACCAAAAUUGCCAAGCGCAUGGCUAUACUGAUCUUCACUGAUUUUCUGUGCAUGGCACCAAUCUUUUUUGCAAUAUCGGCAUCACUCAAGCUUCCUCUCAUCACUGUGUCCAAAUCCAAGAUCCUCCUAGUUUUGUUCUAUCCUAUCAAUUCAUGUGCCAAUCCUUUCUUGUAUGCGAUUUUCACAAAGACCUUCCGCAGGGAUUUCUUCAUUUUACUGAGUAAGUUUGGUUGCUGCGAAAUGCAAGCCCAAAUUUACAGAACAGAGACUUCUUCAUCUGUCCAUAAUUCGCAUAUGAGAAAUGGCCAUUGUACUCCAGCUUCUAAAACCAGUGAUGGAACUAUUUAUUCAUUAGUUCCUCUGAAUCACUUGAACUGAAAUAUUUGUGUGGAUUUACGUAUAUGGCAGCAUGAUUGUUUUUAACUGUGAAUUUGUAAAAUGAUUUUAACAUAACAUGUAAAGUUAUAUUUGAAAUGGAAAACAUUUGAUUUUCUGCUGUAUAUUUUAUUUUUUAUAAACAGCCAGCAAAAGUGACAUAUCAUCUUCAGUUCUUGAAGGACAACCAACAAAACUUCAGUUAACACUGUCUUUGAAGAAUUUCUCAAGAAUUACAUAAACUCUGGAGAAUGUCUUUUCUCCCCACACUUUUCUAAAGUUGUGCUAGGCUAUGUAAUGCAUUGUGUUUGAGAAUUCAGUGUUGACUAUCAAUGGCUGAAAGAAAAAAAUACAGAAUUAAAAUGUUUUUCUGAGAAACAUACUAGAGGUCUUGUUAAGGGUACAAUAAUUUGACAAAGUAGUAAUACAUACUACACAUUUAGCUGACAAGAGCUAAAGUUCAAGAUUAUUUCACCACCGCACAAUGGUAUCGGAAGAGGAGAUUUUGGUCCACAUUGUUUUUGUUUCCAUCACCAAAGCAGUAGGCUAAAAGGCACCUUCAAGUCAGUACUGGUCCAAUUCUGAUCCAAAUCCAUGUGGGACGUGUCCCAGUGUGCACAUAAAAGUCCAUUAGCAAAUGGUUGAUGCACUUUUCCUUAAUGAGCUGAACGUCGUUGCAGAAGUCACUCUCAUUUCAAAACAACAUUGGUUGAAUCUGGUGAUUAAGAGUAUUUGUGACUUUGUACCACCAGAUUCUGACACGUGAAUGGACAAACACCUUGACCCUGCAAGUCCCUGUGGGCACCUGUAGCCAGCUGCAUUGAACUUGAGGGAAGAGCACAGGCUGCAGGAGGACAGAGUUUGGAGGAGGCAACAGCCAAUCUGUAUGAACAUGAUUUGAAUGUAAGCUGCAGUUGCAGCAU